AUGGCCUACCAGGAAAUGUCGAUCAAAGAGAAACUGAAAUGUGCGCGAACAACAGAAGAAGUUUUAUUCAUUUUAAAUAUGUCUGAAUAUUUACCACUUUUUGCGAAAGCGGAUAUCGUUCAAGCAUCAGCUUUAAGGCUAUUAAGGGAAGCUGAUUUAAAGUGCAUCGGUAUCGACAGUUUUGGACGACAGAAACUUCUCCGAGCAAUUCGUUAUUUAUCAAAAAAUAUAUCAGUGACAAUUGGCGAUAGGAUUCGACAAAAAAUAUAUUAUGCUACAAAUAUAGAAUCGAAAUAUUCCAAAAUUAGUGAAGAGAAGUUCUGUUUGCAAAAGGCAGAAGAUGAAUUAUUGCGAUGUAAAGUGGAAUUAAAUUUAAAACGAAAUGAAUUGGCACGAAUACAGAAACAGGCUAAACUAAUUCGCGAGAUAUUUGAAAUGAUAGGUGAUGCAAGACAGUACGUGGAAAAACUUCGAAAAAAUUGCGACAAAUAUGGCAGUUUAUCUGUUCAGCGAUUAGCUGUUGACCUUGAAAGCUUGUUGAACACUUUCCUUAAAAAUGCUAAUUCAAAUCCAUCCAACGAAAAUAUAUCGCCUCUAGCAGUUGUACAAAACACAAAUUCAUGUUGUACAAAUAUCCAGCGAUAUUUGCCUGAAUCGUUGCUAAAAUCUUUGACAAAGUAUAAUACUCGGCUUUACUGUUCAACUGAAACAGGUCCCGGUCCUUGGUAUGCAAAAAUUUUGAAAUCUACAGCUACUCGGCGCUAUAAACAGCCUCCCUCUUUAAUCUAUUAUCACCCUGUUGAUGAAGAAAGGUAUCAGGAAACGACAAUAUCACUAUCAACUCAAACAUCACAGUACGGACACCCAAGUUUCGUGGAUGGGUUAUUCUCGAAAUUUGGAAAAAACAAAACAUCAACACCUUAUAAACAACACUCUUCAUCAGUUAAACAAUAUUCAAGCAACACGAGCAGCUUACAACAAUCACUUCAUCACUCCCGUCAAAAGGUUAAAAAUGUGUUUAUGAAAGCGUCAAGAUGCUAA